AUGUCAUCUGCACAUGAAGCUGCUAAUGCUUUACCAUCGAAUUUUGAUUUGGGUGGUUUAUCAAAUGCAUUCAAUAAUCCAGCACAAGUGUUUAGUAUGUUAGACAAAAAUAAUGAUGGACGUAUAACAAAACAAGAUUUAGCACAAGUAUUAGAACAAUUUGGAGUUAAUGGUAUGGCAGCUAAAGUAUUAUCAUCAUAUCUUUUUAAACAAUUAGAUGCUAAUGAUAAUGGAACUAUUGAACCAAGUGAUCUUGUACAUGCUAAUGGAAUUUUAAAUAAUUUAUUAAAUAUGAAACAAAGUGGGGGCUAUUAA